AUGGCUGAGUGCAAGGACUUCGAAAAGGUUGGAGCUACCAUAGCAGUAACCCCAUGUGACGUGGUGGAGGAGGCGGAUAUAACCUUCUCCUGUGUUGCUGAUCCUCAGGCGGCUAAGGAGAUGGUAUUUGGAAAUUGCGGAGUGCUCCACUGUCCGACCCUAGAAGGCAAAGGAUACGUGGAAAUGACAACAAUAGAUGCCGACACCUCCCACGAUAUUGUCGAAGCUAUUAGCGGCAAAGGAGGACGGUAUCUUGAAGCUCAGAUCCAAGGAUCUAAAACCCAAGCAGAGGAAGGCACGCUGAUCAUCUUGGCGGCGGGAGAUCGGUCACUCUUCGACGACUGUCAGUCUUGCUUCAAAGCGAUGAGCAAGAACUCCUUUUACCUCGGUAGUGACAUCGGCAACGCGUCUAAGAUGAACUCCGUGUUGCAAGUAGUCGGCGGGGUGUCCCUGGCGGCGCUAGCUGAAGGACUGGCGUUGGCUGACCGCGCUGGACUGAAUCAGGCUGAUCUUCUAGAUGUGCUCGCACUUACUCCGUUGGCUUCACCUCACUUGAUACUGAAGGGCAGAGCGAUGAUCGAGUCAUCCUACUCGACGCACCAGCCCCUCAGUCACAUGCAAAAGGACCUCAAACUGGCUCUGGGUCUGGGAGACACGCUGGAACAGUCUCUCCCACUAACAGCGACUACAAACGAGAUCUUCAAGCACGCUAAACGGCUCGGUUAUGCGAAUCACGACGUCGCUGCCGUAUACAUACGUGCUAGAUUCUAA